AUGGAGGAUGCAGCGCACCGCCAUGGCGGCCGUCCCAAGCUAGGUCCAGGCGGCGGAGGAGCCGACCUCAUCAGCGCCCUCCCGGAGGAUCUGCUUCUCCUGGUCCUCGUCCGCCUCCGCUGCGCCCGCGCCGCCGCGCGCACCAGACUCCUCGCCCGCCGGUGGCGCGGCCUCUGGACCCGCCUCCCCGAUCUCGUCUUCCGCGACGUCGCGGCCGACCCGCUCCUACCGGCGCUCACCUCGCUCCAAGCUGCGGCCGGCCUCGGCCCCGGGAUGUCCCUCCUCGACAUUCGCGUCACCGGGGAUGAUCUGGGCCGGGGGCAUUCGCACCGGAUAUCCUCGCUGCUUGAUGCCUCUGCGCGGCUCUCGCCGGUGGAGUUCCACUUCGCCCUGCCGCGAGACAUGCUCGUCACCGACGUAGAGCUGCCUCGCUUCGACCUCGACCUCGCCGACUUUGUCCUCCGCUGCCCACGCCUGCGGGUGCUCAGGGUGGCCAACGAUUGCUACCACUCCGCCGGCGACAUCACCAUCAAAUCGGAGUCGUUGGAGGAGCUGCAAGUGCGGAGUCGGUCCAAAUGGACAAGAUGUAUCGACGUCGAGGCCCCCAUGCUGAAGCAAUUGACGGUGGCCUUCCACACCAUCAAUGAGCUCAGGGUGUCCAUAGUGGCACCAACUGUGAAGAAGGUCUCGUUGGAGUGCUACUAUACCAUCGAGACUGAGGAGAUUUCUUGUUGGGGACUCUCCAUGAUGACCUUGCAUACUGGCACUGCAGAGACCGAGGGACAGCGGUUGCUCACCGAGACCGGCACCGAAGACGACGCCCGUUUGCCGUUGUCUAACGUUUAUGUCCUGUCCCUGCAUUUGUCGGGUUCACCUGGUUGGACUGCUAAACCUGACGCAGAGCUCGAAGUUGCGCAAAAGAUAGAGGCACUUCUUGUAACCGGCUUCUCUGUCUUGGAGCUGCAUUUCUCGACAACUGAGUUUCAUUUUGGUAUACCAGCCAAGCAUGCUUUUGGAGCAUGUGUGGUGCGUCUACUUGGGAUGCAUCGGAUUCGUACGGCUACACGAAAGCUUAGGAUCGUCUUACUUAGAUCAGACGUGGUAAAAGAAUGCCCAGUAAAUUGUCGCUGUGAUAAGCCCAAGAACUGGAGAAGCAAAAAUAUCUCGUUGGUCAAUCUUGAAGAAGUGGAAAUCAAAGGCUUCGAAGGGGAGGAUCAUGAUUUUGAUUUCCUGAAAGUGAUAUUCAGAUGCGCACCAAUGCUUAAAAGAAUGUCCGUGUGGAUGUGUGAUGAGGUCAGCACAAGUAACGAUCGGUGUUUGAAAUCACACGACUUCUUCAAGGCGUAUCCAUUUGUGGAAUGCAACGUUUAUCUUAGUUCCGGGUCAAAGCACCACAGCCAAAGUUGUGCAUUGGAAUGA